AUGAAUUUAUCCAAAAUAAUAUAUCUAAUCAGUCUUUUUAUUAUCACUAAUGCUAUCAAAUGUUCAAAUCAUGAAAUUUUACAAAAUUAUAAGUUACUAGAUCAUUUCGCUACAGGAGAGAUUAAAAAGAAUACCCCACCAAGUCAGACUAUCGAGUCAUGGUGGUUGAACAUUUGUGAAGAGAAUAUAGAUAAUUUCCAGCCUGAUAAUAACUGCGAAAAGAAUGACCUUUUGUGUGGUAUUACAAAAGUUUUUCUACAAAAUCAAGAAAAUUUGUUGACAACAAAAAUCAUCGAAUUUAAUAACAGAUUGGCGUUUGAUAUUGAUACUGAUGAAAGCGAACAAACCUUAUAUAUCACACUUAAAUCUAAAAAAUGGGGGUCUUAUAAUUUAGAUGCUAAUAUUGACUGGCAGUGUAAUGAUAAUUUGAAAACAGAUGAAAUUACCGAUUCCGUUUGGCUUGAUGAAGAAAUCAAUUUAUCUAUAAGAGGUCCUUCUGCAUGUCUAAAAGAUAAAAAUAAGAAUGGUGAUAAUAAUAACAAUAAUAACAAUAACAAUAACAAUAACAAUAACAGAAAUAAUAGUAACAAUGAAGGUACUGAAAACAAGAAGAAUGGAAGUGGUUUAUCAUGGUUUACUUGGUUAUUCCUUUAUGCAUUAUUAUUUACCCUUUUCUAUUUGCUUAUAACAUCAUAUAUGAAUAGUAGAGGUGGUAACCUAGAAGACUUCCGCCAAGAAUUUAUUGAUCGCUCUACACAGUUAUUAGUCUCACUGCCAAGUUUCUGCAAAGAAGUAAUCAGUAAAAUUGUCGGUUCAAGGUCAACAACAUCUGAAAGAGGUGGUUACAGUGCAGUAUAA